AUGGAAGAGCCCCAUACAAAUUUAAACCACGUCAUUUUCGGACUUCUAGGGUCCGAGAAGGCUUGGUAUGAUAGGAAACACUAUAUAGAGUCGUGGUGGAGGCCUAAUGUGACACGUGGAGUUUUGUACUUGGACGAGGCCCCAACUGAAGAUCUCAUGCCUUGGUCUGAUGCCUUGCCCCCUUUUAGGGUCUCGGACGACCUAACGAAGUUCUUGCAAGAGACCAAUGCACGAGCCCCAAUAAUGAUCCGCAUGGUCCACGGGAUCAUGGAGGUGGUGAGGGAGAUGCGCGACACGAACCUUAGGUGGGUCGUGAUGGGGGACGACGACUCUAUUUUCUUCGUGGAGAACAUGAUCGAUGUUCUCGGUGGAUUUGACCAUCGGAAGUACUAUUAUUUUGGGGGGAACUCGGAAUUUAUCACGAACAAUUAUUUUUUCUCCUUUAACCAAGGUUUUGGCGGAGCUGGAUUUAUUUUGAGCUAUCCUCUUGCAAAAGCUCUUGCAAAUGAUAUGGAGAAUUGUCUAAGACGAUAUGCUCACGUGUAUUCAGCUGAUACCAUUACUAUGUCUUGUAUUGCUGAUAUUGGUGUCAAUCUCUAUCCCCAUAAGGGAAUUCAUCAGAUCGAUUUACUCAACGACCUCUCUGGAUUCUUAUCUUCACAUCCAAAAUCCCCACUACUCUCACUCCAUCAUUUACACAAGGUUGAACCGAUAUUCCCGGGCAUGGACCGUCACCAGUCAAUACGCCAUCUCAUGGAGGCGGCUACGGCUGACCAGUCUCGCAUGCUGCAGCAAACCAUCUGCUACCACAAGCAGAACAAUUGGUCCUUGUCCAUUUCGUGGGGCUACUCCGCCCACAUAUACGAGCAAAUCAUGCCUCGAAGCCACCUGCAAAAGCCCCUCGAGACAUUCAAGCCAUGGGCGGCCAGAGCCUCACGCCCGUUUUAUAUGUUCGAUACGAGAUUACCCUAUAAUGAUUCAUGUCAUGCCCCCCAUGUUUUCUUCUUUGAGAAACUAGACAAGGUCUCAAUGGGAAUCCUCGCCACCUACUCUCGAGCCAAGCCUCGUGGCCUACCACCUUGCUCUCUAACUUCUAAAUAUAAACCUGAUCUCAUCUCCCAAAUCACUGUCCUUUCCCCCCCAAAUAAGCGGAAAGAGAUGGAUCGAUGCGAAUGUUGUGAUGUUGUUGGCAUGGGUGGCACUGACACAUCUGUAGAGGUCAAGUUGAGGGAAUGCACGCUGAAUGAAGUCAUUGCUUAA